GUCGGGAUCACAAGUGUGGCUCACAUAUUAAAUUGUGUAUUCUGAGGUUGCUAGAAUGUACUCUGACGAAGCUAUAUAAGCUCUAGUAUGCUCAUGAACACCCCUAAAUAUUUUCGUACCUUUCACGAUCAGGUCAAACGUUGCACAAGGUGCUAUGGAAAUGAAUUCGACACUCGAUGAUGAAGAUCGGCUGUUUUGCGACAAGGCGAAAAGGACAACAAAAGAAUUAUCUGUGAUCACAAUCCUCGAAGAGAUGUGGCAAACAAAUGAAGAAGAGGGUGCUAAUACUGAAGGGAGCCACCAUCACUCAACAAAUUGUCCCGAGAACAAAGUAGAAACACACGGUAGAACCGUAGACGUGAAAGGCCCCAAAACUAGCGGUGAACUGUUGUCAGAUACUUCUAGAAUCCCAAAGGUUGUAGCAGCAAGUGUCAACCUACAGAAUGCAAAAUUAAAACGGCAUAGAAAAUAUACAUACCAACAAAUCGACGAAAGAGUGCCCCGGUUUGUAUACGCCCGCCCCAAACCCAAAGCACACCAGUCAAUGUCGCUCCCACUCCCGGGACGGCAUGGACAGACAUGUAUGGGUUUUUACGAUUUAGAGGGCAUUGGGCUAUCACAGGCAGCUUGGUUGCGCCAGUGCGAGACCCGGAUUAAAUCCAUGCCAAUUCUAGAUAAGACUUUGAUACCUCGCCGUACACUUUCGAAUACGGAAUCCCAGGGAUCAAGAGAGACUGUCAGUAUGACACAGAAUCCUUCUACCGAGUCUAAGCGGUUACUCACAGACUCGCGAGACGCGCAGCAGCAAUUGCACACUACGAGUGCAGGGAAUUGGCAAGGCGCAGGCAAGCCCCGCAUGACAUCGAUCUCAAAGAGAGCCGAAAGUACCGAGACGAAUGCACUUCAACGGCACACAAAUACUCCGUCGUCACCACUGACACCCGCUCUUGCUAAACCGAGUUUUGAAUUUCGAAAAUUAGGCACAAGUGUUGAUCAUAUCACAACCCGAAACCGGGCUAUGCCCCCACCGCAACCUCCACUUCUGAAGCAUUCCUUCUCUAUGCCAGACUCCACCAGAAACAAGCACCCGCCAUUAGUUCAACAACUCCGGCAACCGGAGUUGGCCGUGGAGCAAACACUGAUAGCUCAUGGACUGUCCGAGUCUCAAGAAGCAGAGGCGAGCUGGGAACCCCAGGUGUCAUUUAAUAAAAAGGGACUAGUGUCAAACACUGAACAACCCUUUGACCAACCAACGACAGGUUCUGUACAGCCGGCAUCAGCUACUGAGCUGCCAGAGACGCGAGGUAGUGUGACACAAUCAGAGGCCCGCGUCAAUGUGUAUUUUCAGGCAACAUCUAAUAAAGUAGGUGGAAGGAUGCGGCAAAUAGUACAGCUCUUCGAGGAGAUGGCCCGUGCUGAGCAAGCGGAGUGUGAGCCGCUGUUGAAGCGACUACAGACUCUGCUGGCUGGCACGAUAGGGAAGAAUACAGGGGCAGCCCAGCCGCAAGGAACAAAGGGAACGGGCACUGAGACUGCGGUUGCCAUGGUGAUGGGUGGAGAAAACCUUGGAGGUGGCCAUGCGGCACUGGAAAAUCCACUGGAGCAUGUGCAACAGGCUCAAAGGCACAUGGACCAGGACCCCGUUUACGAACGUCACCAACGGAGACAGCUAUCUAAGGAACAAAGCAACAAACAGAAGCACUCUCCAGACACACAGAAAGUUGAACAGGAAGGACAAGAGAUCCGAUAUGUUACACGAGCGCUAAACCAGAUGCAAUGCAGUCAGCCUACGACGACGCCACGACGCGAUGUAAACGCCUCUGCGGAGACGAGGAAGCAGAAAGUGCAAGCGCAAGCGCAAGAGCCACCGCACGGACACCAAAGUGGCAGCAACGUGGCCGAAGAACAGCCGAUAUACAUUACAGUAGCAACGCGUGGGGAACGCCAGGACGGGCCAAUGGGGAACGAAUGGCCGGUGUGUGAGGAGAAAACUGGAGAUUACCGCAGAAAGAGACAGAGAAUUGCGGCGCAAAACUGCGAAGACAGAGAAGCCCUGGAACAGGCCUUUGAUCAUUUAACGCCUUCGAAGGGUGCUGAAAACUUUAAUCCCCAGCCCGGUUAUCCGUAUUCUAGUGUGGGAGCAGAAACGGUUUCGAGUCAAUCACGCGGGUGUGAACGUUAUCACAGACAGGUGUGUGAUUCAACCAAGACAUGUGAGGAGGACUUGGACCGAAUGCAGGGAGGUGAACAGCGGCAGAAGCCUUAUAGUGCUAGCACAGUCUCUCAACAACUGUGUGUACAUAGGCGCACGUCUGAUACAUGUGACGGCAGACACAGUGUGUAUGGAAUAUGCGACGCGAAUGCCGAUGUGGCCCAAACACUCGGGAAGACAGGUGGACCAUGCGGAGGUGCAUGGCACAUGCCUGAGCACGCGAAUGGGGGGUAUGAACAAAACGGUGACAAACACAAGCAAGGGCCGGGCAUGGACAAGGACGAGUACGUACACAAGCAGACCCAGCACACAACGACACACGACGGUUCGGAUAUAGGGCCGGAUAAGCACAAGCACACAGGAGCUUGUGUGCAUGAUGUCCCAGUAACCCGUGCAGAUGUUCACCAUGGCAGGUACAACCAGGCACACCCAGUCGAUCCAUGCGCCCGGGAUACUCAGAAACAGGCGAGGCCGGGGCAUGCGCCGUUUGUACGUAGUUACACACCUCUGUAUAGAGACCUAGCUAUCAGGGCAUCACGAACCGAUACCAUCAAUACACAACGUGGUAGUGGGGACAGUCGCGAACUGAAGGAACGCCUGCAUGACAGGACUAGUGUAAGGCAAUCGCGCAGGCUGCGGACAUUCUUGUGCAAAGCCACAAUUCCCUCCAACAGUGACUGUGACUGUACAGAUACCAAUGCGAUGCAACAGAUAGGAACAACGCGCAAAGAUAUGGUCAGCUUGGUGUUUAGGAAGGUUUAUAAUAUGGGGCUCGAGGAGGUCAUUGCAUCCGUAGAAGAAAGUCGCUCGCCUGUACUUCAGAGUGCCACAGAGGUACUGAGCCAAGGCUUGACACGGGGUGCAAAUGUGACCCCUAUCGAAUCGGAGCGAUGCUGUGUACCUGUGCUCAUGGCAGGUGACGAGUCCUCGGGACGUUUUUCAGGUCUAGGCCUACCAGUAACCAGCACCAAGGACAUGGUUAACCCACAGCCGGCCGAGUCAACCUCUCCAUCCGAACCAUGGAAGGUCAGCGUCUCUGCGCACACAGACGCCAACGCAAAACCCACACGCCGCACCAAGUCGCACACACACUGGGUCUUGGCCGACAAGAAAGAGGCACAUCGGGAGGCAGUUAAGCGCACGCGCCGAGCAAUAGACGAAGCAAUGAGAGAUCUCUCCCGUAUGCUGAUGUCUACCGAUCAUCUGUUCACGCGGAAGGAGAAGAGAGGUGCGAAGGUGAACAAGUUGACGAUCAAGCACAAUAGCAUAGUGGAAUUGGCGACUGAACGGAUAUUUCUAUUGCGUGGUAAGCUGCGAGCGACCGGGAAAGAACUCCUGGACCUUAAAUCAGGAGGACUCGACCUAGCCGAAGCCGCAAGGGCAGACACACCACCACAGCCCACAGAUUACCAAUGA